AUGUUCACCUGCAAACGGAAGCUUCAGGCUGCAGUACAACUACUACUGCUACUCCUGAGCCUUCGUCUGGGAUUUGGGCUGACGCAGAAUUCCAGCCAUGAGCUAGCCACUGGACGCUCGGAGAAUCAGCUUGAUCUGCCUAGCUCGGUGGCUGCCAAGAGUUUUGAGCCACUACCAGAAUUCUACAGAGGUCCAGGGUCAAGUUCCAACAAUCAUCAUUCAUUGGGAAGUGUGGGUGAAAGUCUCAGCGAAACAUACAACAAGUGGAAAGCCUUAGGUAACAGUCAAGGAAAUAUCCAGGAGCGCAUCAGUGUGGGUCAUCACCAAGGCAGUGCUGGAGCUGUCGCAUCCCAUGCUCCACCUGUGGGCAGCUUUGAGACUAACUCCCAUCCAUAUCCCUAUGAGUAUUCUCACAGUAGCGGAGGUGCUGGACCUGGACUACCAGCUGGAGGUGCAUCGGGGGCUUACUUUGGCAGUUCUAGUGUGGAGGCGCCGAUUCCAUUUGAUGUGUACGGAUCGCGUCCAGGUCAUCAUGGCUUGGGUCACAGCCAUUAUUCCACAUCGGAAUAUGCGUAUCCCUAUCACUUGGAUCACCAUGAAGUAGCCACUCUCAAGGGGCCGGGAUACGGAAAGGGACCAUCUAAAGGCCUCUUAGCUAAAAGUUUCCUCAUCCCUCUGGCCAGUGCUGCUGUCCUGGGAAUUGCAGCCGCCUUGAUAAGCAAUCCCCUGCUCCUCCAACUAGGCACUGUAUCUGGACUUGGAACGUCAUUUGUCGGGAAACGUAAACGCCGGGCGGCAGGCUCUCGUCAUCGCCUAAAUCUGGUAACAACUUAAGCCCAUAAACACAUACCAUUAAUAUGCCAUUCACGAAAGAAGGACAA